GCAGCGCCUGUCCACGCGGCCUCGGGGUUAUUUCUGGCGGGGAUGCAGCACUGUGGUCUGGGCGGCGUGCGCGGGGCCUGGCAGGGGCGGGCGGCCUUAUCGCCUGGCUCUCCCGCUACCUCCCCCGCUCCAGAGCCAGGCGUGCCACCAUCCUCUCGCCAUGGGCUCCGGGCUGCACGGGGCGCUGAGCUUACUGCUCCUGCUGCUGGCGCCGCCUGGCCGCCUGGCCACGGGCUGCCCCGCGCCCUGUAGCUGCGCAGGGACGAUCGUGGACUGCGGGCGGCGCGGGUUGACGUGGGCCACGCUGCCGGCCGCCUUCCCUCCGGGCACCACCGAACUGGUGCUGACGGGCAACAACCUGACGGCGCUACCGCCGGGGCUGCUGGACUCGCUGCCCGCGUUGCGCGCCGUGCACCUGAGCGGCAACCCCUGGCGCUGCGACUGCCACCUGGUGCCGCUGCGCGCCUGGCUGGCCGGCCGCCCCGAGCGCGCGCCCUAUCACGACCUGCGCUGCGCCGAGCCCUCUGCGCUGCGCGGCCGCCUGCUGCCCUACCUGGCAGAGGACGAGCUGCGCACCGCCUGUGCGCCGGGUCCGCUGUGCUGGGGGGCGCUGGCGGCGCAGUGCGCGCUCCUCGGGCUCGGGCUGCUGCACGCGCUGCUGCUGGCGCUGCUGCUGUGCCGCCUGCGGAGGCUGCGCGCCCGCGCCCGCGCCCGCGCCACCUGCCGGCUGUCGCUGACUGCCCCGCUGGUGGCGGAGCGCGUGGGAGCCCGCGCGUCCUGAGAGGAGCGAACCGGCGCCGAACGACUCAGGCCCGCAGACUCGGCGGGACCCUGCCGGAGAAGCCCUCGCCCCAGCCUGGACCCGCCUCGGCCUCUGCUGCCGCCCACUCUUCUAGACCCGCUCGGGCCUGCGGGACCGGAUCCACGUCGGAUGGAACUGCCGCCUGCGUCCUCGCAGGACAGGCACCCGCGCCCUGCAGGCUUAGGAGGUGCAGGGGGGCAGGUGCAGCUCCCCCCUGCCGGAUGCCCCUCCCAAACUCCAGUGCUGAAUAAACCAUCCCCUACUGACGUGGUCACGCUCUGCA